CAGACCCCAAUCCAUCAUGUGGGGUUGUGGUGUUUGAUCUUUUUCUCCAUUUGUAUUUUUUGAGUCUAAGCUUCUUUCACCGUCUGUAGCUGUGUUUUGUUAUUGUUCUUGUUGUUUGUUCCCUUCCCCGUGUAUUCAUACGGUUGUACAUGUAAGACUUCCACCCCCCCUCUCCCCUUCUCCUUUAUCACCGGUCUUCUCAACUCUUCUUUCUCUUCUCCGUUUUCCCCAUUCUUUUCUUCUCUUCUUUUCGAGCCAUGGCUGGGUUUUCCUCCCCUGCUUACCCCAAUCCGUGAGUGGAGGAACCCUCGGAGAUGGAUCCCUACCUAGGCGCCCUCCUCCUACUCUUCCUCUUCUUCUCCGCGGCCUCCGCCGCCCCGGACGAGGACGCCAGGUCCCUCCUCGAGUUCAAGAAGGCAAUCUCCUCUGACCCUUCCGGCCGCGUCCUCGGCUCCUGGAACCAGGCGCAGCCCGGAUCCACCGUCUGCGGCGCGUGGUACGGCGUUUCCUGCGACGGCGACGGAAACGUCGUGGCCCUCGCGCUCGACCGCCUCGGUCUCGCCGGCGACCUCAAGCUCUCCACCCUCACCCGCGUCGCCCACCUCCAGAACCUCAGUCUUGCCGGCAAUGCCUUCACCGGCCGCCUCGUGCCCGGCCUCGGCGGCAUGUCCUCGCUGCAGCGCUUGGAUCUAUCAGCUAACCAGUUCUACGGGCCCAUCCCGGGCCGGAUCACUGAGCUCUGGGGGUUGGAGUAUCUCAAUCUCUCUUGGAACAACUUCGAGCAAGGGUUUCCGACCGGGAUCCAGAAUCUACAGCAGCUCAGAGUGCUGGAUUUGAGAUCCAAUGGCUUGCGGGGCGACAUCGCCGGGUUUCUUUCGGAGCUCAGAAACAUUGGUUACGUAGAUCUGAGCAGCAACGGCUUUACGGGAAACCUCAUUGUUGAUGCGGGAAACCUCACGGGUUUGGGGAAUACAGUCAAGUACUUGAAUUUGAGCAAUAACAUGCUCAGUGGAGGCUUCUUUUCGAAUGAUGUGAUGCAUGUGUUCAAGAAUUUGGAGGUUUUAGAUGUGAGCAACAAUCAGCUGAAUGGGGAGCUUCCGCCUUUCGGUUCAGUGUUCAGCUUAAAUGUUUUUCGAGCUGGCCGAAAUAAGCUGUAUGGAUCUAUACCAGGAGAGCUGUUUUCAAGCACACUGCAUAUGUCAGAACUUGACCUUAGUGAAAAUAGAUUUACAGGUUAUGUCCAGACUAUUAACUCUACAUCCUUGAGGUUUCUAAAUCUGUCCUCUAAUAUGCUAUGGGGUGUAUUGCCCUCAAGUAUUGGGGUGUCUGUAUCAGUGGAUUUAAGUAAUAACAACAUAUCUGGUGAUCUGUCUGCAAUGCAGAGUUGGGAACACACUUUGGAAUUGAUCGACUUAAGCUCCAAUUCAUUGUCAGGAAACUGUCCUGAGGCAUCUCAACUUCAGAACCUCACAUCCAUAAAGAUUCGAAAUAAUUCUUUAGUUGGUUCUCUUCCUGCUGCAUUGGGAAACUAUCCUGGGUUAUCCAUAAUUGAUCUCAGCCUAAACAGAUUCUCAGGACCAAUUUUGCCAAGAUUUUUUACAUCCUUGACCUUGACUAGCUUGAAUCUUUCGGGAAAUCAAUUUUCUGGAGGUAUUCCACUUCAGAGUUCACAUUUAACUGAAUCACUUGUUCUACCUUCUUAUAGCCAUCUAGAGAUUCUCGAUUUGUCGGAUAACUCAUUAUCUGGUCCAUUGCCUCCAGAAAUUGGUAAUGUGCAAAGACUUAAGCUGCUCAUUCUUCGCAAUAACACCUUAUCUGGAGAGUUGCCCAGUGAGCUAGGCAGGCUUGUUUCUUUGGAAAUACUUGACCUAUCAAACAAUCAUUUUGAGGGUCAUAUACCUGAUAUGCCUCAAACAGGUGUGAAGGUUUUCAAUGUUUCCUACAAUGAUCUAUCAGGCACUAUUCCCCCGAGUUUGCAGAGGUUUCCAAGCACCUCAUUUUAUCCAGGAAAUACGUUACUAGUUUCUCCCAAUGGCAUGUAUUCAGGAAGCAAUGGUGAAGAUGUUGGAGGUCGUCGUCUAAAGUAUAGUAUUCGAAUAGCUGCCAUUGUUGGCUCUAUUGGUGCUGUCAUGUUAAUCUUGUUUGCUUUAUUGACAUUGUAUGUGAUAAGGUCCCAAGAAAUUUGCGGAAGGAAUCGAUCUAAUGACCAAGCCACUUCUAUGGAAAUAAAGCUUGGGAGAUUUGAUCGUCCGAAGAUGUUUAUGUCUUCAAAAGAUAAUCCUGUGACUACUUCAAUGAGUUUUUCAAAUGAUCAUUUGUUAGAUUCUGCUACCAGAUCGGUGUCUGCACAGGAGUUACUGACAGAAGCUAUUGAAUAUGGUUAUUCUGAUAAGAGAACUUUGGAAUCUACUAUGGUUAAUAUGCCACCUAAUUUUCCUGCAAACAUGGGAGAAAAGUCUUCUCCAGGGUCACCACUGUGUUCUUCGCCUUGUUUUAUUGAUUUAGGUGCAUCAGAUCAACCAGUGAUGUUAGAUGUGUAUUCACCAGAUCGACUAGUUGGGGAACUCUUUUUCUUGGAUAACUCUUUGAUAUUUACAGUAGAAGAAUUAUCUCGUGCCCCUGCAGAAGUUCUUGGUAGAAGCAGUCAUGGGACUUCCUAUAAAGCAACCAUCAAUAGUGGUCAUUUUUUGACUGUGAAGUGGCUAAGAGUUGGCCUUGUCAAAAACAAAAAAGAGUUUGCUAAGGAAGCAAAGAGAAUUGGAACAAUUAAACAUCCAAAUAUCAUCCCGUGGAGGGGUUAUUAUUGGGGCUCAAGCGUGCAAGAGAGAUUGAUUAUUUCUGAUUAUGUUAACGGAGAUUGUCUGACACUUCAUCUUUAUGAGUCAACAUCUAGAAGGUACUCUCGCCUAUCAGUGAGCCAAAGGCUAAAAAUUGCUAUCGACGUGGCUCGGUGUUUAUUUUACCUCCAUAACGAGAAGGGCCUGGCUCACGGAAGUCUAAAACCAACCAAUAUCCUCCUGAGUGGCCCAGAUCUCACCGCUAGGUUGAAAGAUUACAGCCUUCAUCGUCUUAUGACACAAAGUGGGACUGCUGAACACAUACUAAACUUGGGAGCACUUGGUUACCGGGCACCCGAGCUACAAAGUGCAAGCAGGCCAUUCCCAUCAUUCAAGGCUGACAUAUAUGCAUUCGGGGUGAUCCUAAUGGAACUACUAACCCGAAGAAGUGCUGGUGAUAUUAUCUCAGGCAAGACCGGUGCGGUUGAUCUCACUGAUUGGGUUCAGAUGUGCAACAGGGAAGGCAGAGGAACCGACUGCUUUGAUAGAGAUAUCACUGGCUUGGAGGAAGCUCCAAAGGUGAUGGAUGAAUUGCUUGCUAUAUCACUUAAGUGUAUUCUUCCUGUAAAUGAGAGGCCUAACAUCAAGACGGUCUUUCAAGAUCUCUGCGCCAUCACAUUGUGAGGUUUUCUUUUCUCCCCUUCUUUUGUACAUAUAACUUGAAUUUGUUGGCAUCCCCAAUUUUUCGGGUUCUGCAUGUAAAGAGCUUGAUCCAUUGGUUGAUUUGA